ACCAACUUCCACUACCCUCUCCACAUCUCAGCAACAAAGCUUCCACCUUGUGAAAUGGAUCACAACACUGCCAUCAGUAACCCUGCCUCAUCUGCAGGCUCAUCUUCAAAGGCAAGCAGAAACAAAGAGCUCAAAAAGGGUGCCAAGAAAUGCAAAGGAGUGAAACUUUCCACCGACCCACAAAGCGUUGCAGCAAGAGAACGAAGGCACAGAAUCAGUGACAGGUUCAAGAUCUUGCAAAGCAUGGUCCCUGGUGGGAGCAAGAUGGACACAGUGUCCAUGUUGGAGGAAGCCAUUCAGUAUGUGAAGUUUCUCAAGGCACAGAUUUGGCUUCACCAAACCAUGAUAAACUUUAUGGAUGAUAAUAGUAUUAAUGACUCACCCUCUCCUUUGUACCUUAGUGAGUGUUGUUUCCCUUCUCAGCAACACUUUGUUUACCCUCAGCAGAAUUCUUCACUUGAUUAUGGCGUGCAGAAUGUACCACACGUGCCACUAGCACAAUGCAGCUUCCAAGGUGAAGACACAACCUACUUUGAUGCCUCUUUGCAACAUUGGCCAGCUUAAUUGAUUAGUCUCUAUAGUUGAUAUAUAGUAUGUAUGAUAAUCAAGGUCUUGUCAUUUGUAAUACGUUUAUGACUGUGAUCUUUAUGAGUGUGAUAUGUAUAACAACGUAGAGAAUGCUUAAUUAGUGUAGAGUUUACAUGUAAUUCUGUUAUGUUUCGUGUUGAAUUGCUAAUGUUGGCGUCUCUCUUUGUCACGAACACAUCAAAUUACUGCAUUUGUGUAUAUGAAAUGAUCGUUUAGUGGCUGUUUAAGUAUUA